GAUGUCAACAAAGAAUAACUAUAAUAAUUCUCUAUUACGAAAAUCUGAGAGUAACCUUAAGGGGUAAAUAGAACAGAGGACGGCUCCAGGUGUGGGCGCAGCUUUCGUCUGACAAAGGUCUUGCUAUAUAAUACGGGCAUGAGCACUACCGCAGGCAGAUGAAUUAUGAUUCAAUCAUUAGGAAAUCCAAAUUAGAAUAUAACAUGACAGAAAUUUCUAGCCAGCCUCAUUCGCCAUCGGAAUGGAAGGAGUACGCCGAUUUGGACGCAGUGGCGAGCAUCCCUUUGAGAGAAGCUCAGGCAGUAGACGAUCAAACAGGAAUAGCAAUCUUCCGAGGCGUGUACCUCGAUGGUUCCAGUCUGCUUAAGACAACUGCGUCAAGAAUCUAUAUCUACGCAGAUGUUCUCGCUCUAACAGAGCUAGAGACUGUCCUCACUCCCCCAGCAAAUGCUACCAUACAAAUAGUUGCGAGGGUUCUCACUGCAGACGGCCCAGUACACCUGAAAUUUAACCAGUCAUCGGGUUCCUGUGUUAUUUCACUCUACGCCUCAAUCGUAGACCAACCUAUCAGCGUUUCUGCAGCUGGUUCUAACCUCACAACCCUAGAGCUUGGCUCGGGAACAGGAAACGUAGGGGUUGUGGCCGGCUUCACCUCAGGCUCCGUCAUAAUUGAGUACCAAAAGAGAUACUUCAUUGAUACCCACGCGGACUUCCAGCUCCUUCUACAGACACAACUCCGAGUCGCGUUAGCGCUCUUCUGGAGGAAUAUUUCAAUAUCAGUCUCACUCUGUGCACACGUCGCAACUGUAACUGUUUUACCACAACAAUAUCCGCUAAUCAACGCACAGGCGGUUGCUUUGGGUCAGCAGCUUUCUGCUCGGGCAAUGACAGGCUCCGACGCAAGCUAUGCGCCUGUAUUGAAAAUCUCCGAGUAUCUAAACACUAUGGAUUCAGCCCUAGACGCAUUAUCCGCUUUUGAAGCGCAGUACAAUCGGUUUCUAGACAAAGGACAGUCCUUGCAAGACCAGAUGCUCGCUUGGGACACAAUGCUCCAAAAGGCCAUCGACGAGAAGAGCAUGCGUGAGAAUCUCCGUAAUACGGCUAGGACCAAAUAUGACUCUGCGCGGGAAAUUGCGUCUAACUGCUCGUUCCAGAUGGUUAUAGACAAUGGAGAGGUCAAUGAUGCCAGGGUAGCCUUCGAAGUCGGCUUGGAGAAGUGGAAAUUCGAACAGACGAUGAAGGCUGUCUUCUCCAUCCUUACUGCAAUUAUCGACUUUGCUGCUGGAAUCGGUACCAUUUGCCUAGGGGAUCCCAAUACUGGAGCAGGAGCUGCAGUCGAGGUUGCACAGGCUGUCAAGACAGUACAAGAAGCAGAGCAAAUCGCCGGCCAAGUAAACAAGGUGCUGACAUCUGGCACCCUGGAGAAGCUCGGGAGCUGUAUGUCAGCUCUUGAGAAGCUAUAUCCACUGGUCGACGCCAUUGUCAACGCUGUUCAGGGUACAGAGUCAGAUCCAAAUGCCACAAUUCCUCCCACUAAUAACAUUUCCGGUUCCAGCCAGGGAGAUGCUGACGCAGCUACCAUUGUUGCACUCGCGGCUUGGGAUAAAUGGGUUCUGGAAUCUGAUCAGCAAAUGGACGUCGCGGUCAGCUUGGGGAUCGAAGGAGCCUCUGACUAUCGCCUCGCCUUACGCAAAAAUGCCAUUGAUGGUAAGCAACUGGCCCAGGCCCAGGCUGAAGCCGUCAAAGCUGGGCAGCAAUACGUCCAAGCUCAGAUGGAGGUUAUACUGUGCCAACAAGACAUUCAGAGCCUUCAGGACUUGCACGACAAAUACCAGGGUGAAGCAGAUAUUUAUGCUGAGGCCCAAGCCAAAUUCUACGAUCGCUUCAUGGGUCUCCGAAUCAGCCUUUCCAUUGAGAUGCAGAACAUAGUUUGGGCGUAUAAGUAUUACACUCUCGAAGAUAGCAGUGUUGUCUUGGAUUCGCAGAAAUCAGGCGCAGACUACAAACAAGAUAUCGCCACCAUCAAGCUUGAAAUGGAGAAUGUAGAGUCUCAAUACGCUAGUGAUUUUCAGCUGUUCACGUACGAUAUCCCGUCUGAUCAGCUACCCUCAAACUAUCACCAAGUUCUCAUUAAUGGCCUCAAAAGCCCCGAUCAUACAGCCAGUUUCACGCUAGCCCCAAAAGCUGAAGGGGACAACACCCCAAGUUUUGCAAGUCAAUUCGUCGAUGGUUCCCAUUACCGCCUUGAUGGCGUGGAGGCGACGUUGCGUGGCGCGAAGGCCGUGCCAGGGCAGGUGCAGAAUGGAGUUGUCAUCGUAGUCUUGCAGCUCUCAACCUCCGGCGUCUAUUCCGAUAUCAACCAGGGAAAGGUAUUGUCUUUCGCCAGCCUGCCCCAGUCCAAGCGCUUCUCCUAUGAUUUGAAGGAGUCGGGGGAAAUUGGUGAGACACGUGAUCAUGCCAUCUAUGAGACUAGCCAACAUGCGGAGCCCACGCCUUUCACGCAGUGGACGAUCAAGUUAUUGUAUCCGGAGCGUGUUAAUCUGGAUAACCUUACAGCGGUCGACUUCGAGUGGACUGGCCAUGUCCGCUUCGACCCAGCCCGUAAAGCCAAGGCGUAAAUCCAGACAGCAGAAUGGUCAUGUCGACGUGCCGAUUCUUCUAUUUUCUUCUCUUUCUUUCUUUUUCCUCUCAAAAUGCUAGGGUAACUUUUCGAGCGCAUUUAAACACCCAUGUCAAGUCUCCUUUGAUGCUACGGAUGACGUAUCAUGUAGUAAGGGUUCGUGGAAACGGCGGUAUCAAUAUUGCAGGAGCAUCGUGUUAUUGUCGCACACGUCUUUUACCAGCUGGGACGCCUUCUCUGAUUCUCCAAUUUCUAUCGAACCAAUAGUUCAAGAUUGUAUGAUCGACACUAGUAUGGGAUAGGCAAGCCGCGAUGUUUUAUCUCUUUUAUUCGUUUUUGCCCCUCGUCCUGUUCGAUAGCCUACCUAGCAGUAUCUGAUAUAUAUGAUUACACCCUUAUAAUUAUACCGGCUCUGUGAGGAUCUGCUGUUGGAGCACCAUCAACAUCAACAGGGGUGACCUAGU